AUGACUUGUUUAUAAAUCUCUGUCUCUCUCUAACUCUUUCUCUCUCUAGAAUAGACUACAAAAACAAACGCACAAAAUUAAAGAGCGACACAUAUCACAUCUCGCAAGUCCCUGUUCCUUCACCAUCGAGGCAUUUACUGUGAAACUCAUUGCCAGGUUGCUUGAAGAGAAGGAGAAGGUAGAGAGAGAAAGAGAGAGGGAGAAAGGAGAGCGAAAGAGAGAAAAGUAGGAAUCAAUUGAUGGCCAUGGAGCAGAAAAAUAAGUCUCGAUUUAGAAGGGUUUGCGUGUUCUGUGGAAGCAGUCCAGGGAAGAAAUCCAGUUAUCAAGAGGCCGCUGUUCAACUUGGGAAGGAACUGGUGGAGAGAGAUAUUGACUUGGUUUAUGGAGGAGGAAGCGUGGGUCUCAUGGGUCUGGUUUCUCAAGCUGUACAUGAUGGUGGGCGCCAUGUUUUAGGGGUUAUACCUAAGACUCUGAUGCCCAGAGAGAUAACAGGGAAACCGGUAGGAGAAGUGAGGGCGGUAUCUGACAUGCACCAAAGGAAGGCAGAGAUGGCGCGCCGGGCAGACGCUUUUAUUGCUUUGCCGGGUGGAUAUGGUACCCUUGAAGAGCUCUUGGAAGUCAUUACUUGGGCCCAGCUUGGCAUCCACACAAAACCAGUGGGACUUCUGAACGUGGAUGGCUACUACAAUUCCUUGUUAUCUUUCGUUGAUCAAGCUGUGGAUGAGGGCUUCAUUUCACCAGAUGCUCGUGACAUAAUUGUAUCCGCCCCCACUGCUAAUGACUUAUUCCGAAAGCUCGAGGAAUAUGUGCCUAAGCGAGAUGAUCGUGCAUCCCAGUUGAUAUGGGAAAUAGAGGAGCUCGCAUAUGAACCCGACUCUAAUGUGGCAGCCACCUGAUCUUAUAUACCCACAAAUACAUACUUUUUGGCCCUUCUAACAUUUGCUUUAUAUUCUGCUCAUUCCACCCAUUACCUAUAUUCUCAUUUCAAGUACUGUGAAAUUCCUCAUUUUGGGGCCUUUUUCUGGUAAGAGUAAAUACUACUUUUUGAUUCAAAGAACGAAAAAAGUGGCUCAAUUUUUUGUUUUUUUUCUCUUGUUUUGGGGGACCUUUGGACCCGAAACGCCCACCGACGGAGCAGCUGGCCGAUCUGUUUUUUAAAACCAGUUUCGUUAUUUUCGUUUCCAUGUUGUAUGUUGUGAAGUAGAAUCCAAAAGGGGUGGAAGACUUUUUGUGGGAGACAACAUUCAUAAAUAUGGGGAAGUGAAUAUGAUGGUGAUGAGAAUCCGCCGUUUUCUUAACAAGAGUUGGCCCCUUCCUUUUUAUUAAUUGUUCCCCUGUUUGUUAUUUUACAAGUACAGUUAUAC